AUGGUAUGGCUUCAGCCUAUAGCUGAGAUACACAAACAGAAAAUCAAAGAGUACAAGAUGGGAGACAAGGUGGCCAUGGACUACUUUGAUGAGCUGGAGAGGCUUGCCAAACUGGCAGGGAUAUGGGAUGACAUGGCCAAUGAUGGCUGA